AUGGCUGAAGAUUUGCAACGCCGCUGUGCUCGAUUGCAAGCAGACACUGCUAUCAAAACGGAUGCCGGCAUGAACAGGCUCAUACAACGUUGCAUAGAGACUUCAAAAGAACUUGUUGAUGAGGUCAGUGGUCUGGCGAUCGCUACUGACGACAAACAUCUCAGAUGGGUCAAGAUCAAACUCUCUUUCAAAGCCUAUUGGAAGGAAAGCAAGAUCAACGACAUUCAAGAAAGGCUAGGCAAAAUCAAAACCGAAAUCUUUGGGACGCUCCAAGCACUUCUCUAUCAACAUCGUCUCGAGCUAUCAGACCAUGUGCGUUCUUUGGGUGAUGCUUCAUCAGUCUGGAAUCGUACCACGGAUGCUAGACUUGAUCGAAUGUCUAAGGAUAUCGGCAAACUUGUGGAGUCCACAAGUGAGGCUGCAUCUGGGAAAGAACUGGAGUCGUUUGCGACGAUGCUAGCCCGUUUCGUAGAAGAAGCGAAGCAUCAGGGCAAUAUUCGGCAAAUUCUCAAAAGCCUCCGGUUCGCACAGAUCAUUGAACGACAAACUGAGAUACCCAAGGCUCACCAAAACACUUUUGAGUGGGUCUUCCAAGAAAACAACGACGUCAAUUUCUCAUCCUGGCUCCAAGGCUCGACUGGCAUCUUCUGGGUCACGGGAAAACCAGGUUCCGGAAAAUCAACUUUGAUGAAGUUCAUUUCCGGGCAUGAGAAGACUUUGCAGCUGGCAAAAGCUUGGGCGGCCCCACAACAACUCAUCAUUACGGUGCAAUGCCCGGAAAUGAUUUCUGAUGUUUUCCCAGAGAGAUACACGAGUCCAACCUAUGUUCUUGAUUCAUGGACAAUCGAGACGUUAUUGGUCGCUUUUGAACGUCUCAGGAGUAUCCCGUCACUGUCAAAGCGCAUCUUGAUGUUCGUAGACGGGCUGGAUGAAUACAAGGGCGACCACAAAGACGUGGUGAAAUUUCUCGACAAUAUGUCCCAGUCUUCUGACAUCAAGAUCUGCUGCGCAAGCCGGCCGUGGCCAGUAUUUGAGAGUGCUUUCGGCAACUCUCUCACUCGCAUCCAGAUGGACCGACUUACAGCCAAGGAUAUGGCAACCUACGUCAGCGAUAUCUUGGGCCAACAUGAACACUACCAGUGUUUACUGGAAACGGAUGAGGCUGAGGCGAUCAAACUUAUCGAAUCCAUCUCGCAAAAAUCAGAAGGCGUUUUCUUUUGGGUGGCUCUGGUUGUCAAGUCUCUCGCUCGCGGACUGGACAACUGGGACGACAUAGGAAUAUUGCACGAGAGAGUGUCAGAGUUCCCUUCUGAUCUCGACGAAUUUUUCCAGAGGAUGCUAGACUCCAUUGAGGACGUCUACACGGAGACCGCAUCUAGAACAUUUUCUAUGUUACUAAUGGCGGACAUGCCUGUUCCCGUGAUAUUCAGCAAGAUUCCGAAGAAGCUGUUUACCGUCGCCAUCGAGACCAUUCUUACGACACGCAAACCGGGCUUUGGGAUAAAAGUCAGGUAUUGA